AGAGACGUCAUCAGAGAGUAUCGGGGUAGAAGCCCGUGGUUCUCCAACCCGGUGGUAGUCUACGGGGAGGAAGGACAACACAGUUUUUAAAUAACAGAAAAAUGGCGACAAAUGUGGACCUGGACCAGACCCCUGAUGCCACUGCAGAGAAAUGCAGCCGUUUUGAACUGCUGGACUGGCUCAAUAAGACCCUGGACAUCAAAUUCACCGAGGUGGAGCAGAUAUGCUCAGGUUCCUGCUACUGCCAGCUGAUGGACUGGAUCUUCCCUGGGUGCAUCGACCUGAGCACAGUGAAGUUCCAGGCCCAGGACAUGUCAGACUUCCUCCACAACUACAAUAUGCUCCAAGCUGGCUUCAACAAGACUGGUGUUACCAAGCCUGUUCCAGUGGAGGAGCUGAUAAACGGAAAGUUCCAGCCCAACUUCAUAUUCCUGAAGUGGUUCAAGAGUUUUUUCCAGGCUAACCUGAAAGGGCAGGUGUAUAACCCUGUAGAGGCUCGCCAGGGCCAGGACAUCCAGCCUGCCAGAUUCCGCUUCCGCUCUCCUCAGAGACUUCACCUAGAGGACUGCAAUUCUGCCAGCCGCAGCCCCAGUCAAUCAGGGGGGUUGGAAACCAACACGGAUGAAGAAGCUUUAGGGAAGUAUCAAAGGAAACGUAUUAUUUAUGAGGAUAUAUGGAGGGAGACUUACUCCUGGGUGGGGGCCAGCACUCUGGGAGAGAUCUAUGCCUACUGCAGUCUGUGCGAUCUUAACUUCAACAUCUAUCACUCAGGUCUGUUUGACUUGAAGCGUCACUCACAGUCCAAGAAGCACAGCAAGCUUUCCCUGGCUGCCAGUGAUGUUACCCUAACGCCAGACUCAGGGAAAAGCAGACAGGGCAGCUGCAGCGACCUUCCACCUUGUAGUGAGUUGGUCUUUCGCUUCAUUCAAGCCAACUGUGUCUCUGGUCCCUCCGCGGCUGAGGACCAAGUGUCUACCAGAUACGGCCAGUAUGUCCUGGGACUACAGUACCCAGAGGACAUAGUGAGUGCCUGCCAAAAGACUCCUUACUGCAUAUACAUGUACGGAGGAGUGGUGCUAGGGCAAACUGACAUGGCUUCCGUAGUUCUAGUGGGGUAUUUUGAUGAAAAGGCAGCCAGGCACUGCAUCAGGCUGUUGGAUGUUCUGCAGCCUCCAGAUGAUGGCAAUGCUGGAGAGAAAACAGCUGCAGCUCUGGUGGAGACCUUGGAGAGGUUUGGGCUUCCUGCAGCUAACCUCGCUGCUCUCUACUCAGAUGGUAAUGGUUCUGCCUCAGAGCCAAUAUGCUCACAACUCAGGGAACUCAACCCCAACAUAGUGGUGCUAAGUGGGCUGUAUGGAGUGGCUGAUGCAGCCUGCCAUGCUGGGGUGUCGGAGCUCUCCACUCAGGCCCAGGAGCUUAUUGUAGAUAUCUACUCCCACUACUCCUCCUGCUCCACCAAGGAUGACAACCUGAAGGAACUGUUUUCCAGCAUUAGCGGUACUGAUGGCCUCACCCUUCCCCUCACCACCUGCUGCCUUAACUUCUGCAUGUUAGUCAGGAAGGUUUUGGGAAUGUGGACCGAUCUCAUCUCCCACUUCAGCUCCUGUAACAAAGAGGAUAACAUAGAUAAUAAAGCUAAGCUCAUCUGCACACAGCUGCAGGAUCCCAAACUCAGGGCUAUCUUCAUGUUUCUGGACCAGGCCCUAGAGCCUCUCCGUGUCUUCCAGGAGCGACUGCAUCACCAUGAGGGCUCAGCCCGGGCUGACUUGGUGCAGAUCCUACAGGAUGCCAGCGGCCUCCUGCGCUCCUAUGCCUCCAGUUUCCUCCGUCCUCAAGCCGUCGUGGACUUCCUCAAGGAACGUGACACCUUUCUCCUCAAGACCACAAAGUUCCACCUGGCAGGGGCAGAACUGAACGUGGGUGGGGCUGUAGUGGAGGACUUUCUGUGUGAGUUAUCAGAGACAGGAAGUGAAGCCCUGAAGUUAUUACAGGAACAGGCUCUGUCCUUCUACACAGCGCUCACAGCCAGCGUGGCGGAGGGGCUGCCUCUUAGUGACGGUGUGUUGAGGAGCAUGGCCCAGCUACUGAGCCCUCAGGGCAGGCUGAAGGUCACGGGGAAGGCUGUGGGAGAGCUGGGGGCCAAAUUGGGGCUCUGCAGCUCACCCGAGGAGAUCAGCCAGUUGAACAAGGAGUUCCUGGAAUACCAGCUGGCAGAGGAGGGAGAGGGGGACGAGGGAGAAAACAGAUGUGAUGGAGGGGUCCAGAAUGACUCGGCAGCACCCUCACUGGAGCAACAUUGGAGCACUGUGCUGAAGGCUUCUGGGUCGACCACCAUCUUCAGGAAACUUGUUUUGACCCUCUUAGCCAUGCCCUGCCCCCCACUUGAAGCUCAGAAGGUCUUCACACAGGCUGUGGAGAAUGGGGAUGCUGCCCAGUUCGCUGACAGUGUGACAGAGAGUGAGCUGGACUCCAUUCAGGAAGUAGACCUUACCAGUGAUAGCACUCUCUCAGACAACAACAGUGUCAACGGGCUUGGCAGGAAGAAGAAAAAUCGAGGUCGUUCCAGAAAGAUUCCAUCAGGAUCCCUGUUAAUAAUGGAAGCAUCAAUGUGUUGUUUUCCAGAGGGGAAUUACCUUAAUGGGACAGUGAAGCCAUGCACAGUGCGGCUGCAGAAGAUAAUCAAUGGACCAAAGAAUGAGGACAAUACUGUGUUCGUUGAGGAUGAUGUCAUUUGGACAAAUACUAUGGAGGGCGACAUUAAGGGCAUUUAUGGCUGGGAGAGCAGCUUACGCCAGAAGCCAGAGGCGAGAACUGUAUUUCAUGCUGGUGCCGGUGCUGGUGCCUGGGCCAAGCCACAGGUUCUUGACAACGACAGCAAAAAGGACCAGGAGUCCGAGGCUGCGACGCCCCUGAAGAAUGCGAAUCAAACAUCAGCAUCCAAUGUGUCUCCUCCGAGUCGCAGGGCAGCAAAGAAGGGCGUUGAUUACCAGGAUGGGAAGGGUUUCCCCACUGGAGAGCUGGUGUGGGGAAAGGUGAAGUGCUUCUCCUGGUGGCCUGGACUGGUGGUGCUCUGGAAGUCCAACAAAACACCGCCUGUAUCCAUGCGCCGGGUAGAGUGGUUUGGAGACAGCAUGUUUUCCGAGAUCUGUACAGAGAGGCUUCUGCAUUUUGCAGCUUUUGCAAAGUGCUUCUGCAAGAAUUCCUAUGCCAGCUUUCCCACCUACAAAGAUGCCAUCUACCAGGUCCUUGAGUUGGCUGGUGAACGCUGUGAGAAGUUCUUUCUUGCAGCGGGGAAUAAACAAGAGGAGCUUAAGUUGAUGCUGGACUGGGCCCACAGUGGAUUCCAGCCCACUGGACCAGAUGGGUUCAACCCCCCAGCCGCUGAUUUGAUGGCAGAAUCUUCAGACUCAGACUACCAACCCCCAUCUAAGAAGAAGUAUGUGAAUAAGAAGAGACCAUCCUCUGGGAAUCUGGUCUACAGCAGAGGGGCAAUGGUACAAAAGGUUAUGAAAGGCAAGAAAAUUGAAGAAUUCUGUUUAUCAUGUGGAACCCCACAAAUCCACACCUUCCACCCACUGUUUGAAGGGAGUCUCUGCCAGAAGUGUAAGGAGAACUUUAUUGAGACUUUGUACAGAUACGACGAAGAUGGCUACCAGUCCUACUGCACUGUUUGUUGUUCUGGCCAAGAGGUCAUUCUGUGUGGCAAUGCCAGCUGUUGCAGGUGUUUCUGUAAGGACUGCCUGAACUUUUUGGUUGGCGAUGGAACCUUUAACCAGCUGAAGGACGUGGACCCAUGGAGCUGCUUCAUGUGCUUACCAUCCCAGUGCAACGGAUCACUCAAGCUACGGCCUGACUGGAGCGUGCGUGUUCAAGAGUUCUUCGUCAACAACAGUGCCCUCGAAUUUGAACCCCACAGGAUGUAUCCCUCCAUCCCUGCACAUCAACGCAGACCCAUCCGGGUAUUGUCUCUCUUUGAUGGGAUUGCCACAGGGUACCUGGUGCUCAAAGACCUGGGCUUCAUCAUAAAACGCUACAUUGCCUCUGAGAUCUGUGGGGACUCGAUUGCUGUGGGUAUGAUCAAACACCAGGGCCAGAUAGAGCAUAUCAACGACGUACGCACCAUCACCAGGAAACAUCUGGCUGAAUGGGGUCCUUUUGACCUCCUGAUUGGAGGAAGCCCCUGCAACGACCUGGCCUGUGUCAACCCUGCUCGGAAGGGCUUAUUUGAGGGCACAGGCAGGCUGUUCUUUGAAUAUUACAGGAUGCUGACCAUGAUGAGGCCAAGGGAAGAUGAUGAUCGGCCAUUCUUCUGGCUCUUUGAAAAUGUGGUGGCCAUGAGCGGUCAUGACAAGGCUGACAUCUGUCGCUUCCUUGAGUGCAAUCCCAUCCUGAUCGAUGCAGUAAAAGUGAGCCCAGCUCACAGAGCUCGCUACUUCUGGGGAAACCUCCCGGGCAUGAACAGACCUCUAGCUACCUCUCUGGAUGACAAGGUGAACCUGCAGGAUUGUCUGGAGCUUGGACGCACGGCCAAGUAUAACAAAAUUCGUACCAUCACCACCAAGUCCAACUCCAUCAGACAGGGGAAGAUGGGACCCCUACCUGUCGACUUUAAUGGCAAGGAGGACUACCUUUGGUGCACAGAGAUGGAGAAGAUCUUUGGCUUUCCCAAGCAUUACACUGAUGUCAACAACAUGGGUCGGAGCCAGCGGCAAAAAGUACUGGGCCGAUCAUGGAGUGUACCAGUUAUCAGGCACCUCUUCGCUCCACUCAAGGACUACUUUGCCUGUGAGUAGGAACCUCACGUUCCUGUAUGCUACACUGUAAACAACAACAGCAACAUGAAAUGGCUGAUUGUUGGAGAGGGGAGGAUAAAAACAGUAUACUUAUCCUGCCCUGCUUCUCAGUGAAUGAAAUUAUCCUGUGUUUAUCAGACUGACCUUAAUCAUCUUAGUCUUUUUGUACCACUGUCUGUAUUGUCUGUUUUAUUUGUUUUCAGUUAAUGAGCAGCUGUUUCAAUGCAGUGUGGUCAUAGGAUCACAGUAUUCCCAAUGCACUGACACUUUUUGGUUAUUUCGGUUUGUCUGGAGUAGUUCACAUUUGUCAAUCAUGUAUUUGAUGUUUUGUUUACAUUUGGUCAAUGAUGGUGAGAUCGGACCUCAAACCCUGCCCACUAUCUACCUCAGUACUGAUCUGUGUCUUAAAUCUGCAGUUUUCUGUAUUUUAAUUACAUUUUAUAAAUAGUCAUAAAAUCCUAUUCACUUGUAAAUAUGACUGAACCCUCUAAUGUUUUCUUACUUGUUUGGAAAAAAAGAUCCUGAGAAUUGAAAAUCUGAAAUUCAUAUUCAAACUAAGGCAGAAAAUGUGCCUUGAGUGUUUGUUUGUAUUUUAACUUGGCCAAUAUUCACCAUUGUUAUUCUCUCUGUGGUGCUAGAGUAUGUUUAGGUUUUUAAUGAUAGAGUUGGUCACAGGACACACAUUUUGACUUACAUUGUCUCACUUGCCAUCUAUAGGCUUUAAUUUGGGUGAUAUAGUCAAGCAUGUGGAUACUAUAUACAGUGAGGGAAGAAAGUAUUUGAUCCCCUGCUGAUUUUGUAUGUUUUCCCACUGACAAAGAAAUGAUCAGUCUAUAAUUUUAAUGGUAGG